GAUGGAAGAGGUCAUCUACAUGAGCUAAGAGAUUUUGAACAGGCUGCAUGGAAUGAAGAUAACCAACUAUCCAAAGAGGCAGCACGCAUAGAAGCCAUAUGCGAUGAAGAACGUUAUAUGGCGUUGCAUACAGACCUCUUGGAGGAACAAAAUAGACAUGAAGAGGAACUGAAACGUUUGAAUGAAGCCAUUACGUCUGACCAAGGUUACAAUGCCAUGGCAUUUGGCUAUGGUAAUGAAGAUUAUGAUCCGAUGCAACCAACUGAAGAUGAAAGAGAAGCAAGAGAGAAGAAGCUUGUAGCCUAUGGCUUUGACCCACCCACAUAUAAAGAAGAAGACAGCUCUGCUACUGCUGCUGCUGAAUUGGAGGAACCUUUCAUAGCACCUCCACAGUUAAAACUACCGCCGGGAAUGGAACAGCCAAUGACAUCGAAGAUACAUGUUAUCAUCGAAAAGACAGCAAUGUUUGUGCUCAACCACGGACCACAGAUGGAAAUCAUCGUCAAGACCAAACAGGCAAAUAAUCCACAGUUUGAUUUCCUUCAGUUUGACCACUUUCUCAACCCUUACUACAAACAUGUAAUGGCAGCCAUUAAAUCAAAGAUGUACAUUCCCACGAUGCUCCAAGCACCUGAAUCGGACAAGAAAAAACAAGGGGAGAUUAUCAGUAGACGUAGCAGUAAUAGCAACAGUUUACAAAGUGAUGAUGAAGAUGAUGAUCUGGAAGGAAGUGGUUAUCUUCACCCUAGUCUCUUUGCCCCGCCCAAACCCAAACCAUCCAUCUCAGCAGUACAGGUACGUAAAGUUAUUGCCCCGCCCAAGCCCAAACCAUCCAUCUCAGCAGUACAGCAUCCUCCUGUUAGUGCGCCCCCUCCUGACAACAUUCCAGCAGCUCAGCUUGGUAUCCAUCAUAGGGAACCCUUCCCCCUGAUGGAACCGCACCAACAACCGCAUCAACUCAUGGCAUACUAUGAGGGGGAACCGGUCACCACCAGUGCACCUUUUGCUCUACCCCCCAUGCUGGCCCCUCCUCCGCCACCCAUGGAUCACAGCAAUGCAGGGGGUCCCGUACAGAUGAGUCAUCCAAUGGGACAGCUAGCCCCCCCAGGUUUCUUGCCCGGCGAGCCACCCUUACCUGGCCCAGUCAUGCCACAUCAUCACCCUGCCUUAUCUUCUCAUGAUAUUCCUCAUCCUCAUCCGCCUACUGCUAUGUUGGGGCCUCCUCUCAUAAGCCAGGAAUUAGCCAUUCCACAUGCUUCUGAAGAAAGUGCAAUGGAGCCCCAACCACUCCCGAUCGUCCCACCCCCUCCUGACAUUCAACCAGUCAUUGACAAGCUGGCCAAAUACGUGGCUAAGAAUGGGGACGAGUUUGAGGCAAGCGUCCGAGCCAAGUGUGACCCUCGCUUUGAGUUUCUUGUGCCAUGGCACAGCUACAAUGCUUACUACCUCGCUAAGAAGAAGAUGUUUAUCCAGGAAUUCAAUCAGGGUGCAGAGAGCAGUAGCGGAGACCAAAAGAGUGCUGCAGAUAAAUCUAAGAAAGUGCCUGUUAGGUUUCCUAUCAAGCCAAAGAAAGCCGAAGAACGAACACUAGGGAGGAAGAGCGCCCUCCCUGUUGAGAGCAGCAGCGACUCUGACGACCAGGAAGACUCCAAUCAAUCUACCUCAGCAAGCAAUCCUCAAGUCCGCAAGUUGCCAACACAGGAUGUACAGUACAGAGAUAUGAUGGGCCAUGAUGAGAGUGAGCAGCGGUAUGGUGGGAUGCAGUAUGACCAUCCAGGAGGGGUCCAAGGCACCGGGGAGGGGGAUGCUUUGUACCCCUAUCAGGAGUAUGAGCAAGAAGAAAUGGAUGAUAGAGGGAUGGUGGAAUAUGGCAGGGAGCAUCAGAGAACGGGAGGUAACCACCAACGAUUAGAAGACAGGCUUGCGAUGGCUGCUAGGAAGAAACUUGCCAGUGCUUCACAGGAAAGAAGUGUACAGGUUGAGAGACGCAAGAAACUAGCUCUAUUCCUUAGUCAAGUCAAGGAUAGACCUCAGGCAGCUGCUGCAGCUUCCCAGGAGAGUGGUAUGUCAGAUGCUGAAAGGGACUACAGGGAGGACUCUGAUAGAAGCCACCUGGCAAGCAGACAGAGGUCUCCUCCAGUUAGACCAAGUCGUAGAGAUAGAACAGCUAGCCCACCUUAUACUGAGAGCAGAAGUAGUAGGAAAGCGCCCUCUAUGCCCAAAUCUUAUCAAACAGCUGUCAACAGAGAGCAAUUGGAAAGGGAGAGGAGAAGAAAGCGUCAUUCCAGGUCUCGGUCUCCCUCCCCUCGGAAGAUGAAGAGAAAGUCUCCUCCUCCAUUCAGUGCAGGCACUUCAUCAGCAAUUGGCAGGUCCAGUUCUACAUCAUCUCCAUCAUACGAGUCAUUCCAAGAAAGAGAGGCCUCACCAGGCAGUGAUUCCACUUCAAAGACAAUCAGCCAACUGAAUACCCAACAAGCCAGUGGAUCUGAAACCAAGACUGAUGCUAAAGGAGGUGCCAGUGACUUGCGAGCCAAAAUACGUGCAAUGCUAGCAGCUACAAUGAGUAUGAGCAAAGAGGACAUUGGAUGAUAUUGGUUUAGGCCAGCAAAUGAAAUGGUUGUGGAAACAGAAUGCAGUGGAGUUGCCUGUGGAGUACUGGAAUCUUUUUUAAAGCUAGGAUGCAGAAGGCAGUGUCAAAUGAGUUAAUCUUUGCUAUUAGUAGGAUGAAUGAGACAGUGUUGCCCAUGAUAUUCAUAUCAUUCUAUAAAGCAAGUAAUAUUAUGGAUCCCUCUGGUGUAAUUGAUAGAAAGUGACUAUGCGAGUUGUGCUAUCUGAAUGCUGGAUAUGGAGAUGAAGACAUUGACGGAUGGCUCCAAUACCAAGCUGUAAUAUUUAAACUAAUGACAAAUCUAAUGGUUAAACUCUCCUCUAUUUAUUCUCAUUUUUAAAUCUUUCUUUCAAAGAUCUUCCUUCUCUUUUAAUUUUAAACAAAGAUUAAAAUAAACAAAGAGAAUUUUAGAUAACUCAGGGACUUUCUUUGAUUAUUUUCAGUGUGUGAAAGAAAAAAAAAUUCUGAAAAAGCAAAACUGUAAAGAACAUCCCGAUAAUAUUAAACGGGGAGUGUGUGUUCUGAUGAUGGUGUGUUAAUCCUGAUGUGUAACAGGGUUGUUCUAACAGAGCUUGUAAUGUUCCAUGAGAUUAUAUUUCAACUUUUGUUACUUACAGAAGAAAAGGGAGAUCUGAGAAAGCUUUAACACUUGAAGAAGUAACUCCAAGUUUUUAACCCUUUCACUGCUACAGUUAACAUUUUAUGCAAUGAAGACCUUUAGAGGUAUGUGUUCAAUGAAAAAUUUGUAUCAAGUAAGGAGUGCAUGUUUGUUUGUUUGGAUAAAUCUGCAUUGGAUAUGUUCUUUGUGUAAGUAUUUAGUCAAAUUGCCAUGACAUUAAUAUUUUUCAGCAUAUUUGUGCUUCUAGCAGCAGCAAUUAUUAAUAUCUUUGUAUGUAAACUUCUGCAGGUAUUGUACAAAAGAAAGUAAUCUUUUGAUUGAAAUAUAUUUGAUGUCAGGGAAUGUGAAUGUUAGAUGUAUUUUUUUUUAUCAGUUUAUUUUGUUGUGAGGUAGAUGUACUUAAUCACAUUCCUGAAAUUGAAUGACAUCAUUUCCACAGGCAAAUAUUAUAUCUGCACCUGUAUCCAGUAAAACAUUACUAUUACAUAAAUAUGUGAUGCUUUUGAAAAGCUAUUUCAAAUAUUUAUUUUUCAAAGACCAUAUUUACAUGUAAGAUUUGUAUUUACUCAAGCUGAAAAGCAAUAUCGAUUUCAUCUUGUUACUUAUUUUUGGAAAUGGUAGUCAUAACGCAAGGGAGAUAUAUGUAUUUAUCAUUGUAGCAUUGAACUAAUUCGUGGUUGUACAUUGUAAUGUUUCAAAUCAAAAUUAGUGAAUAUUAGGUGCAUUUCAGUUUAAAGCUGAGAAUUAUAUGCAUACAAUGAGAAAUAUGUAUUUGAUUGAAUUUUGACAAACGAUCGUUAAAGAAUUACAGUAAUGUACUUUGUAUUUGUGAAUGAAUUAUGUCAGAAUGGAUUUUGAACCAAAAGUCAUUUAAGUGUGUCAAAAUCCAUCUUAUUUUUCACAAUGUUGUAUAUAUCUGUGUAUAUUGUAAGGAUUUGAAAGGAUGAAAACUUGAAAUAUACGAGUAAGCAUAAGCUCAAUUCAUGCACUGUAUUUCAUAAACUUAUUUGAGAUGUUGAUGGUGCAUAAAACUGUAUAAUGGUUAAAACUCAUUCUCCCGAGAUAGACCAUGUACCAUGACAAAAAAUGAUAAUGUAUGUUUAUUUUUUAGGACUCUACUGAAUACUCUUUCUUUUACUUUGAUGUUUUUUUCCUUUUAUUUUUGCUUUUCCACCCAUUAUUUUGGCUUUCCACCCAUUGUUUUACAAGUCUGUACAGGGUAUUUCCAUGCUGAAGAAAAGUGUGUUUUGCUCUUUGCUAUGGAAAUGAAACUUGGUAUAUUAUCGAGGUGGUAAAUGGACAUUUGGUCUACACAUGCUUUUUCCAUGUUCUGUUUGUUCUCAUCCCACAUGAUCUUUAUUACCCUAGUUGGUCUAGAACCAGUUUAUCUACUAACUAACUAUUUGAUCUAAUUGCCAUUUAGCCCAAUUACUCUCAUUUCCAGUCAGGUAUGUCCAUUUCGUCUCAUAUUUGCUGGUCUCCAACACCAUGAUUAGAGCUACUGUUUGGAACCAUAUUUUCAUUUGGCAAAGUGGAAAAAUAAUGAGUACGCAAAGUGAAAAUAAGACCAUCUCUGCAUUAGACUUAUUUGACAAUUAUACCAAAUGUAUUGUAGACCAAAUGGAUAAUAGACCAUGGGAGUGUUUCAAUGACUUAGAGUCGCACGUACAUGAUUUGCAAUUCGCAAUCUUACUGAUCAAUACUUAGUACUUAGUGCGCAUCCUCUUAGCAUGAUCUGAUCAUUGUGGUCAUGGCUUUUAUACCGCACGCAAUUAGGCAUUUAAGUGUGACUCUAAGUCGUACUUCACUCUUUGUGAAACACCCCCAAGUAAUAUUAAGAGUAUAUCAGAAGCAGCCCAAGUGACUAUAAAGGGAUCUAGUCACACAUAGUAUUCAGCAGGAUUUACCAACAACUCUUAAGAUGCAUGAUGUUUUGUGUUCUAUGUACUUGUUAUAUGUGGGUUUUUUUAAUUGUGCUGUGUUUCCCGGUGAGUUUAUGAAAGAAUAUGGGCAAUUCCAUGAAAUCAACCAUUUUGUACACCCAACCUCCCUAUUUUCUUCAUUCUUAUUUCAUUUCAUUAUCUGCUCAAGAGAGCACUUCAUCUUUCCAUACGACCUAGAAAACAGAGAUUGGAAGAUCCAGUAUGUUUUGGAGAUGGAUGUACAUAUUUUAUGGAAUUGUCAAUAUAUUGCUGUAAAAUAUUUUUUUAUUGAUUUGUCGAUAUUUGACCAUUUGUUUUGUUUCAUUUAUUCAAUUCUCCCAGGAAAGGAGGUUUGUUGACCGUUCACAUUUCCAAGACACAUUUUAUUUCAAUCGUAUGGAGAAAAUAUGAUCUUGGAAUAAUUAUCACUGAGCAUAUUACGCAAAGUUUUUGUCCUACCCCUUCCUCUUUUCCAUCCCUCAUUGGUAUUUUCAUUUCAUGAAUAUUCAUAAGGGCUUACCAUAGCUUUUAAUCGCUCCUCUGUAAUGAACCGCUUCACCUGAAAGUCUUUCUAUCUUAAUGCAUUCUGAUGGUUGUUAUAAGUACAUCUGUUCUGAGUUCAAAGUGUAGAAAUUUAUAUAUGGGACUAUGGGUAAUUCUAUGUAAUGCACACGACACCUUAGAUUGUUUCAAGGCAUCAGUUCCCGCACUGAUGAAUUACAUCCACAAAUCUAAUAUUGUCCAAUGCACAUGAUCUAACCACUGUAGAUAAAAGGAAAGUAAUACUUCAAAGAUAUUGAGAGUCGGGUUCUUUUAUAGACAAUUAACAUGAGUCCUUGGGAGUGUUUUAUGAACCAAAUGGUGAUUUUCACUGACAACUGUUAUAAGCUACUGAAAUCCUUGCAUCUCAUUGGCUCAGAACAAAUAAAUUGGAGAAAAUCACUGACUUUUUGCUUUAUGAAGCACUCCCCUGGGCCUGAACUUGAAGGGAGAAACUAUCUCUAAGUGGUUGGAAAUGUUGAUUGUAAUGCACCCAAGAAUUUGCGCAUGCUGUCAUUUUUCAUUCACCCAAAUGAUGAGAAAUGAAAGACAUUAUGUGUGUUUGUGCACACAGAAAUAAAUAUGUGCAUCACACAAAUGUUCUGCCCUUUUUUUUUAUAGGGAGGGGGGGUCUUAUAUCAAAUCAUAAAGGGGUUAUAUAGUGAUACUUAUUACUACAGUAGGAUCCCCCCCCCCACGAGCAUUUUAACAAAUUCUACCAGUUUAAAAUCCUUUUUCUAGUAGGUUGCAAUAGAGGUAUCGCACAAUUUGUUAUUAUGCAUAUCUUGCUUGGUUAUGUGUAUAUUUGUCAUGUAGACAUCUAUGUUUGUAGGUUGAUCUGUGUUCACGAGUGUGAUCUUGUUGUCUUUUAUAGUAGCUGUCAGAGUUACUGCAUGUGUGAGUCACUUAGAGUUAUCUUUACAAAAGAAAGAGUAUUCAGGAUUAGUAAACAUUUCCAAUGUGUACACAAAUUACUGGACUGUUUUCUGAAUUCUGGUAUCAAGUUGUGUUUAACUAAUGUGACAUAUAUCUCAGAAUACAGGCCACAUUGUGAAAUCUUUUUUAUGAAUCAAUUUGAAGAAUAUAUUGUCGAUACAUAUUUUGAAUGCUUACUCAAAAACUGUAUUUGGAUAUAGCCUUCCAACAUUUAUUGUACUUACCUAUAUGCAAAGACGGCACAGAAGAAUUUAGUCUCUCUUUCCCUAAGUUUUUUUUUUUGUCGGGAAAGCAAAAGAUUGUCUUUGUAUUAGACAAUUGAGCUUGACUUUUGCAUGUAUUUGAGAGUUUAUACAAUGUAUAAACUUGGCGUGUGUUAGUAUUCAGUUUUAAAGGGAGAUAUCUCUCAUGAAAUAUUAGCUUUGCAGUGCAGUAGAUUCAUAGGAACCAAAGACGUUCUUUUUUUUCUGAUUGAAAUGAUAUUGAAUAAUUACAAGCUGUUAUUUGCCAUUACUGAGGAUCACAUUUUAAAGGACAUGAAGUGUGAUUUCCAAAGAUUGUGUUCAACUUUGUUGUAGUAGUGCUAGUUCAUGUGUUAUGCUUUGUGUUUAUGCUAAUUUGUAAUAUACUUGCUAUUGUCAAAAUUUAGGUAUUUUGCAAAAGAAACCUGGGAUGUGUAAAUUGUACAUUUAUUUUAUUGAAUUGAUCCAGAUGUCCAACAAAGGUGGUGAUUUGUUGCCCAUCUAUUUAGUUGUUUCUACUCUAUUGCCAUUUCUAUAAAGGGCCUGCUCACCAGACACACUGUAAAUAGUCAAUAUGUAAAAAGUGAGAGAAAGAUGAAAGAAUAAACUGUUUUAUCAUUCUUUUCCAGAAAA